AUGGCAAUUGAAUAUGUCCUUUGGCAUUACACACCUUCGCUUCCUGCUGCUGUUGCGCUGGCAUCAGUUUUCGGAAUCGCAACGGCAGUCCACCUGUUCCUACUGAUCCGAACUCGCGCUUUCUUCUGCGUCCCUUUUGUGAUCGGCGGUAUCUUCGAAGCUGUUGGCUAUGGUGCUCGCGCAUGGGCUCAUUCCAACACUACCAAGACCACGCCGUACGCCAUUCAAUCUCUGUUGAUCCUCCUCGGGCCCAUUCUCUUCGCGGCGUCCAUCUACAUGAUCCUCGGUCGGCUGAUUCGAUCCACUCACGGCGAGCGGUAUUCAUUCGUCCGCACGAAAUGGAUGACCAAGAUCUUUGUUGGAGGGGACGUGACAUGUUUCCUCAUCCAGGGCGGCGGUGGCGGCAUCCUCUCAGGAGCCAAUUCUCAGAAGGACAUUGACCUAGGCGAACACAUCAUCCUAGGAGGCUUGAUUUUGCAGAUUGUCGUCUUUGCCGUCUUUGUGAUUGUCGCGGCAUCUUUCCACCUUCGUGCGCGCCACACUCUGGAUCUGCGAAGAACAUUUUACCUCGUCAUCCUGUACAUUGUCAGCAUGCUGAUCACCUUACGCAAUAUCUUCCGUGCCAUCGAGUACGCCUGGGGCUCUGAUGGUUACCUCCUGACCCACGAGUGGACGCUGUACGUCUGUGACGCUAUGUUGAUGGCAGCUGUUCUGAUUGCGUGUAUCAUUUGGUACUCGUGCGACUUCACAGGGCCAUGUGUACACACACCAAGAGGGGAGUGA